AUGUCCGCCCAGAACUCGGCGGGUAUCCAGACCCUUCUCGAGGCCGAGAAAGACGCCUCCAAGAUCGUCCAGAAGUCCCGAGAGUUCAGGACGAAGCGUGUCAAGGAGGCCCGUGACGAGGCCAAGAAGGAGAUAGAGCAGUACCGGGCAUCGAAGGAGGAGGAGUACAAGAAGUUCGAGGCUGAGCACUCGCAAGGAAACAAGAAGGCCGAGGAGGAGGCAAACAAGGAGGCCGAAGUCAAGAUCAAGGAGAUUAAGGAUGCCGGCAAGAAGAACCAGGACAAGGUGGUCAAGGACCUGCUGAGCGCCGUGUUCGACGUCAAGCCCGUGCCGCCUACCAAGGGAUAG